AUGUCCGCCUUCGACACCAACCCCUUUGCGGACCCGGUGGAUGUGAAUCCCUUCCAGGAUCCCUCGGUGACCCAGUUGACCCAUCCGCCACAGGGUGGCCUGGACGAAUUCAACCCUUUCUCGGAGACUCCUCGGCUGACCAAUGUGGCGCCAACAACCGUUCCUAUCGCCCAGCCCACUGCGCCCUCCCAGCCCGCGGUGCUCCAGCCCUCUGUAGAACCUACCCCCAAGCUGCUGCUUAGACAGGCCGGCAAGUACCUGCCCCCCAAGUUCCUGGCAGAGAGCAAGCUCUCAGAGAGACAGAGGUUGCUAGGAGGAGAUAAUGUUCAGAGUGACAGCCACAAGCGAGCGAAGUCGGUAGCAUCUGCAGCCCAGGCCGGGCUGCUCCAGCAGCAGGAGGAGCUGGAGAGGAAAGCGGCAGAGCUGGACAGGAAGGAGCGAGAACUAAAGAGCAGCGCAGCCAACUUGAAUGUGAGACAGAACAAUUGGCCCCCCCUGCCCCAAAAGUUCCCCAUCAAGUCCUGCUUCUACCAGGAUUUCUCUGCAGACAUCCCAGCCGAUUACCAGCAGACGUGCAAAAUGCUGUAUUACCUCUGGAUGUUGCACUCUGUGACUCUGUUCCUGAAUCUGCUGGCCUGCCUGGCCUGGUUCUGUGGCGACAGUAGCAGGGGGGUCGACUUCGGCCUGUCAAUCCUGUGGUUCAUGCUGUUCACCCCCUGCGCCUUCCUCUGCUGGUACCGCCCCAUCUACAAGGCUUUCAGGUCCGACAACUCCUUUAGCUUCUUUGUGUUCUUCUUUGUAUUCUUCUGCCAAAUCGCUAUCUACAUCAUCCAGACUGUGGGGAUCCCCGGCUGGGGGGACAGUGGCUGGAUUGCGGCCCUGUCUGUGCUGAACCCGAAAAUCUCCCUGGCAAUCCCGAUCAUCAUGAUGGUGGUGGCCGGCUUCUUCACCCUGUGCUCCAUCCUCUCGCUCUUCCUCUUGAAGCGGGUGCACGCACUGUAUCGCCGGACUGGUGCCAGCUUCCAGCAGGCCCAGGAGGAGUUCUCCCAGGGCAUCCUCACCAACAGGAACUUCCGCAAUGCCGCCUCAGGCGUGGCCGCGUCUGCUGCCCGGGGGGCUUUCCAGGGGAACUAGGCCCUCCCUGGCUCCUCCUCAUUCCCUCCCCACCUCUCCCCCACCACUGCCGCCGCCCCUCCUCCUCCUCCUCCUCCCCCUUCCCCUCCCAUUCCCACGAUGCACUUUUCACCGGUGCCUUGCUUCCUCGGCCCCAGCCUCGGCCGGGAGUUGCAGAGAUGGAUCUGGCUUUGGCUCCCCCCUUGACGUUUCUUGGCGACCAGCACUCCCUCCCACCCGAUGUGCGGAGGAGAGACAGAGCACUGUCUCGUAGACAAAGAAAUUAACUUGGACCUCUUCCUUCCUGUCUUUCUUUUUUGUUCCUUUCUCCCUCCUUGGACAGUGAAACUCAAUUGCUCACCUCUCGGCUGGGUGGUCCGUCUAGACGCUCAUGAAGUCACUUAUUUGAAAGCCUUGGUGCCCACCCCAAGGCUGAGAGCUGAAGUGGGGUCUCCGGGGCAGCGGGUGAUCUGCGGAGAGUCUCCAGCAGGCCAACCACCGGUCCUGGUUGGCCCUUCUCCCUAGGCCUGGGACUGCCUGAGUUUUCCAUCCGUGCUGGGGGCCCAAGGUGGGCAGAGCCUUCCCUUUUCAGGCCUGGGCACAUCCGUCCCCUCCCCACCACCUCUGCCCAGGGCCGCCACACUGCACCCAGACGGGUUUGGAUGGAGGGGCAGCAGGAGGUGAGCAGCGCCCACAGUCAGCUCUGAAGGUCAGCGUUGGACUUUCCAGAAGAACCUUCUCAGGGCGAUGGUGGCAGUUUCGGAACCCUAAAUGUGUCUCCUACCUGGGACACAUCCCCCUAGCCCUCUCCCCUCCAGCUAUAGCCUAGAGGUUCUCCACAGACAGCCAAGUGUUCCCACCGAUUCCCACACCCUCCUUCCCCUCCCCUCAGAAUAGCUAUAUCUCUCAAAGUCACUGGCCUUAGGCAAAUCUAUCUUAAUUCCACCCCUUCCAACCUCAGGCUCCCGAGCCAUUUCUUUUCUCCGCAGCCUUAAGAUAACAAAAUAACAAACCCCUGGCUUUGGAUCUGGGGAUUGAGAGGAUGAGUCCCGGCUGGCUGGGUUUUCCUUGUGCAACUGAGUGAAUGUGCAGUGGGGUCAGUCGGGGAUUGGGGAUUGAGGGGAGGGGUGAGACAGUGUAAGUUCAGCCAUCAAAGCUGCUGCUGCUUAAGAAAGAGCCCAUCACCUAGGGAAGAGGGGGUGGGUUUGUGUGUGUGUGUGUGUGUGUGUGUGUGUGUGUAACUUGUGUGUGUGACUUUUCCAACUUGUAAGAAAACUAGUUUCGAUGGCCACUUGGCCAAAUUUCUCUCCUGCCACAGCCUUCCUCUUGCGAGGCACAUCAGCUGUUCUCCCCACCAUCCCCUUCUGUUCCAGCUUCUAGCCCCUGCCUGAGCCCCCGGGGGUGCCGAAGGAGGAGAUGUUCCUAACAGAAGCUGCUAAUUGCCAGACGAGGAGAGGAGCCAAAGCCAGGGACUGCUUCUAAAGUGCUCCGCUAUAUCGUUUGAGCGGAUUCCCCCCGAGCCACCCCCAGCUCUGGAUCUCUGGAUGAAGCUCCACUGUGAAUCAAAUUGCUACCAAGGACCGCCUGGCUGCAGCCCUUACAUUCCUGCCUCCAUCCUUGCCUCACCUCCCGCAGGGCAGCCUUAGGUGAAAAGCAUUCAAACGGUUCCAGUGAUGGGAGCAGAGCAUUCCGGGGAUGGUUUGGUUAGUCAUGGUUCCAGCGAGUUUUGCGGGGGGAUAGGCAGCACUGGCCUGGAACUGGGCUAUGGCUGAAUUGGGGACGGGCUUAGUCAAGAGGGUGGAUGGUCAAAGCCCAAGGAUCCUUUACACCUCAGAGAUGGGAGCUCACUCUCACUCUCUCCUUCCCACUCCUCUCACCUGUCUUUUAGCCUGAAUCUUUGGCCAUCUUGGGGCCUGCAACUCUUUGUCUGUCUUUCCCCUGAAUGUCCCUAUGUGUGGUGGCAGAAAAUUCCAUUUUUUUUUUAACCUCCCCCACCCAACCAUUCUGAAUGAUCUUCUUCCCAUGUAAAAAUGUAUAUGUCACAUUUCAACUUCCGUGCUGGAAUAAAAACCAAACAAACAUGCAAAGGG